GAGUACAUCUAUUAAAUCUUUCUCUCAUUCAAAACGUUGAGGUUUAGUAGAAAUCCCAUGAAGUUAGUUAUUUUGCUGGUUUUAGUAAUCUAUUGUAGUUUGGAGAAUGCAACAUGCAAUGCUAGGUCACAAGAAUCAAAUAUUGAGAAUUUUUAUGUCUUUAAUGUCUUAGAUUAUGGUGCUAAAGGUGAUGGAAUCACAUAUGACACCAAAGCAUUUGAAGCAACAUGGAUAGAAGCUUGCAAAGUUGAAGGAUCAAUUAUGAUGGUUCCAUCAGACUAUGAUUUCCUAGUUGGUCCUAUCUCUUUUUCAGGGUCACAUUGUGAAAAAAACAUUGUUUUCCAGUUGGAUGGGAGAAUUAUAGCACCAACAAACCCUAAAGUGUGGGGUGUAUUACAAUGGCUUGAAUUCUCAAAGCUAAAUGGAAUAUGUGUCAAGGGAAAAGGCAUUAUUGAUGGCCAAGGAUCAGUCUGGUGGAAAAUUGCUCCUUUUUUGUUAAUAGAAGAAUAUGAAGGUGAUUAUUCGGAGGAGCAAGAUGAUUAUGCUCCAAAAAUUGCUUUGAUAAGUAGCACAUCAAAAGGAAAAAUGCCCAGAACCAGACCAGCAGCACUGAAGUUUUAUGGAAGUUCCAACGUAGUUGUAACAGGCAUAACAAUCCAAAACAGUCCCAAAACACAUCUCAAGUUUGAUAAUUGUGUGGCAGUUCAAGUUUCUGGGAUCACAGUUUCAUCCCCUGGAGAUAGCCCAAAUACUGAUGGAAUUCACCUUCAGAACUCACAAAAUGUUGUUAUUAACAGCAGUCAUAUUGCUUGUGGAGAUGACUGUAUAUCUAUACAAACAGGAAGUUCAGCUGUGUUCAUUCAUGAUGUGCAUUGUGGACCUGGACAUGGAUUCAGCAUAGGAGGGCUGGGAAAAGACAACACGAAAGCCUGCGUCUCUAACAUAACAGUUCAGGAUUCAACACUACAGAACACUAUGACUGGUGUAAGAAUCAAAACAUGGCAGGGAGGCUCAGGGUCAGUUCAGGGAAUCAUGUUCUCAAAUAUCCAUGUUUCAGAUGUGAAAAUACCAAUAAUGAUAGAUCAAUUCUAUUGUGACAAAAGAAAAUGUGGUAACCACACAUCAGCAGUAGCAAUAUCAGGAGUUUCAUAUCAAUCCAUAAAAGGAACUUAUUCAUAUAAACCAGUUCAUUUUGCGUGUAGCGACUCUGUGCCAUGCACAGGUGUUUCCCUUGCAGACAUAGAGCUUAAACCUUCACCAGAAAAGAAGCACUUUUAUGGACCGUAUUGUUGGGAAACUUAUGGAGAAUUGAGAACAAACACAACCCCUCCUAUUGAUUGUAUUCAACCUGAUAAAAGAAUCCCUAGUUAUGAUUCUUGUUGAUUAAAUCGAAAUUAAGGAUUGUACUCUCAUUCAG